CCUGGAGCAUCUUGCUUCAACUAUUCUUGUCAUUCCUUUACCGCUUUGCCGAUGCAAAAGCUUCUCUAAACCAUUCCGUCUGUUUUGAGCUGAAGGUUGCUUCUUGCGACCAUCGAAGCGCCGACCUACUUCGCCCUCCCAGCUCCGGCAGCUCCGUCAGCCUAGACAACCACCAGAAGCCAUUACGUUCUCGAAUCGACCGCCGAGAUGUCAGACAAAAUGGAGUACCCAGAGCUGGGGACCGCAGACGUCCAGAUGGCUAUGAUGGAGAUGCAUCAAGCCUUUGAAGAGUUUCCUCCAGACGCACACCCAAUUUGCCCUUUGCUCAGCGACGAUGACGAUACGGACUACGCGUUGCCAGACCUCCCCGAUGCGAACGGGACAACGGUGGCAGAAAAGCAAAAGCGAAUUGCUGACGGGUUCGAGAGACGUAGGAUUACCUACGGCCUUUCGCUUCUGUUGGUGAUGCCAGAGGCUGGUAAAUGGAUCAACGAGUGGAAAGAGCGUGUCAACUUCUUUCUCACAAAAUGUGACCAAUGUGCCCGGACAUGGCAUAGGACACGCCAGCAAUUCAUCAGAGCCAUUGAUCAAUACACUUCCCGAGACAACGCCGAGCUCUUGCGGAAUCUACAGAAAAACCUCGAAGCCUUCGAUGAAGAACGCAUCACGCGCGGCCUCAAGAGAGCCAAAUUCAUCCUGGAGAGGGACGGUCCCAUGCCGACUACGAAGCUUGUUAGAAUCGAACUUUGGCCGUGUCUCGCCUUGUUCGAAUCGCUCUGUUGCAUGGCAUACUUGAACACCAACAAAGCAAACCUAGAGAUAUUCAAUUAUGUAUUCGAACAUGUCCAGCCUAAGAAGCCGCUGAAGAUGGUGGGAGGCGCAAUUCCGACCAUGACAUACUUCCUUUUCGAAGAGUAUCCGGUUCACAGGGCGUUUGCAGAGGCACAAUGGCAACGGAUGUCACCGGAAAGCCUCACCGAUGAGGAGUGGGAAUGGGCUGUCAGAAGCGGCCUCAAGUCCCAUAUACUCGGCCAUAGGGGGAUACAGCCCCCGGCGCGGCUGUGUCGCUUUUGGAGCGGAUUCCUCCUCAUUUUGCGAGCUAUGAGUGAAAAGAGUAUUUUGGAAAACCUCCGCGGUAUGGAAGUACAACCGAAUGUCUACUUCCUUGCUCUCGAAAACCUCGGCACCAAUAACGUCCCUGCUUUGAGCAUGAUACUGAAAGCACUUCGUACGCUAAUGGAGCGUUCGUCAAAGGCUUUUUGGGAUGCCUAUGACCAAGUCACCCCCAGUAUGAUUGUGGAGGAAAUUUUCAAGAGCCCGGCUUUUCGGCCCUUUUUAAGCCAGUCUCUUGAGCCGGACAUGAUGGUCGAGGACCAUGAUAACAACGGUCAACUAAUACCAGCGUUGGCAGAAUGGGUCAGGGCCUUUAUCCGUUCCCUUCCGUUAGCGCGGCGGUCAGACGUUUGCGAAACUCUUCUUCGGCAUCUUUUCGAAACUCUCCGGGUCGACCCAAGCGCAGCCCCUGAAGCGAAGGCCACAUGUAUCCUUGCUGGUCUGGUGACCUUGAGAGAAUGCUUGGACGGCUACCUCAGCCUUCCAUCCUUUGAUACAGGAACGUCUCUUAUCAUGGUCAACCAGUUACUCAACAGAGUGAUUCAGUACAAGGAAGUCAUCAUUGACGCGACCAGACUCAAGGCCGCGGACAAGUACAACGUUGGCCUCUCACAGGCUGCUAUAGCUAUCAUACAGUCUGCCCUGGCGUUGGACGCGAAGGCGACGUUGAUGGAGUGGGACGCUUUCGUCAAGGAGAAGCCUGUUCAAGAUGCCGUAAACAGGGACUCUGGCGCUUUGUGGGAGUCAUUCCUGGAGCUCGUCUGGAACGGACAAACAGAUCUCGCCAAGGCCAUGUUGAGAGCUACGAUGCCUCUCAGGAGUAUCGAACGGUUUAUCCCUAAGCGGAAAGACCAGCUCAAGAACGAGCAUGCAAAAUUCAACAGACGCUUUCAACAGCAAUCGGCGGCAAUUGGCAAAAUGUUAGGCCGUCUGUCUGACUUCAACCCGGCUGAUCUUGACAGUUUCUGCUCGGAUCCGCAGAGUAACACCAUCCAGCCCAUCGUGGCGACUCUAAUACACGGUGAGGAAGCCAUUCGCGAAGCUGGCUUCGAGUUGAUCAAAGCCAUCACAGGUGAGAUGACGCCAUCUGAGGCCGUGAAUAAGAUGCUUGAGGAGUACUUCAGCCAGUUCCUGGAGGCCUUCACUGGCGCCGUAAACCAUAUCACCAACGCCAAAGACUCCAAUAAUCCGUGGAGUCACAUGCAACACUUGUUGAAAUGCUGUGAAUUCGUGCUCAAUAGCUUAAGUGAUCCGUCCGUAGGUCAACUCAGACGCAAGACCCUGACCCCUGCGGAACAUGCUAUCGUUAAGGGAUGGUGGGAUUGCGAAUGGAGAGCCGUCGGCCACUCGUUCGGAUCCAUGAGACUCUGGCACGUGAAGGUGGACAAGAAGGUCAUGGAGGACUUUUGUCGUGAUGUGAUGGAACUUGCAGAGAAGCUCCUCGCCCAAGACGGUCUCAUGGCUUCGGCACUUAGCAGUCCUCAAAGCAUCUCGGCGACAAACGGUGACGACGGCUCAGAGGGCAUGAAGUUGGUCCUGGAGCCGCCGAGAAUACACUCGCUUCCCUUGGUGGACAUGUUGCAACUCCGCGAUAAAUAUCUGAUCGCUGGUAUUAUCGAAAUCACCAAGAAGUUGAUCAAGCGUCUGCAAGACAACGGUAUGGAUCUUCCGCCAAAAACAGUCGCCUAUCUCAACAACAUGCUGAAGAAGAGGAAGAUGACUGAUGGGCGGACGGACUACCCCAUAAAGACGAAUCUCACCAACGAGCAACGGAUCGAGCUACUCAAGGCGCUCGGGGACGAUGCUGCCAUCGAAGCGCAGUUCGUUGGUGGAAAGCCUGUGAAGCAAGAGGUCAAGCCGGUUAUGAAACAGGCAAAGCUCGAUUUCUCAAAGGCAUCACUCAAAGACCACAUUGCUUCGCUUACGCCUGCCUUUGAAAAGGCCACUGAGAGGCGGAAGAAUGCUCUGUUGGAGACGAUGAAGGCUGAGGCCCCAGCCAAGGCUCCUCCCAAAAUCGACUCAAAGGCUGCCGACAAGAUCAAGGAGGCUAGGCGGCUUGAGCGAGAAGCCAAGGCUAAGCGAGAUGCUGAGGCCAUCGCGAGGGCAAAGGCUCUGCGUGCGCCACCAAAGCUGGUCCAGGGAGAAGGCUCAGGUCUGGCUGGUGUUGCUGGGGUUCGUGGCAAAGACCACGCCCCAGUGCUGAAGGACGAGAUCAUGGUUGGUUCAUCAUCGGAAGACGAAGAUGAGUCUGACGAUGACGAGUUGAUCACACUCCAUGCCGCUGGGAAGAAGAAUAUGACUGAGGCCGAGCGUCGCGCCCAUCGGUUGUUGGCUGAGAAGAUGCGCGGACCGGUGAAGAAGGUCAAGAUCGAGCGGUCCGCCAAGGAUAUGCGCGCUCGCCUUAUUCCCCCUAUGGAUGUGUUGCACCAGGCCAUCUUGGAGUGGGACAUCUUCCACGAAGGUAACGAUCCGCCGAACGGGUACCGUUGUGAUCACGUCUCGGAUACCUACCAGGACCCGGUCAGCUACAAGCAAACCUUCUUUCCGUUGCUCAUCAAUGAAGCCUGGCGCUCAUUUGUCACAGCCAAGGAUGAAACCACGUCCAAGCCCUUUGGCAUCAAGGUCCUUAGUCGCAUGACAGUCGACAAGUUCAUGGAAGUUACGGCGUCGGUUCCAGUUGCAAUCAACAAAGACCGUCAAUUGUCUGAAGGAGAUAUUGUCAUCAUUUCCAAGGGCCAAAACCCGCUUCAAGAGCCUGAAGAACUACACUGUCUUUCGCGUAUCUGGAAGACAACUUACAAAAAGGACAAUGUGGAGGUCGUCUACCGCCUGAAUGCCAAAGGUAACCAAAUUCUACCUGCACUAUUGCCUGGCUCCGAGUUUACCGUUGUCAAGAUCACCAACAUGACGACCAUUGAACGCGAGUAUGCCGCCCUGGAAAGUUUACAAUACUAUGAUCUUAUGGACGAGGUAUUGAGGGCUGAACCGUCUCCUAUGCUGUCUUUUGGCGAGGAGAACAUCAAGAACACCAUGAAAAACUGGAAUCUUAACCCAGGUCAAGCGAAGGCGAUCCUGAACGCCAAGGAGAACGAUGGGUUCACCCUUAUCCAGGGUCCUCCAGGUACCGGUAAAACUAAGACCAUUGUGGCAAUGGUUGGCUGUCUUCUGACCGGCGUGCUCAAGAACCCUACCGCUGGUGUGGCCAUUGGGCGUCCGGGACUCGGAGCUGCGAAGAACAAUGCUCCAGCAAAGAAGCUGCUUGUUUGCGCGCCCAGUAACGCCGCUGUGGACGAACUGGUGUUGCGCUUGAAGAAUGGCGUCAAGACCCAGAACGGAACAACUCACCAAAUUGAGGUGGUCCGUCUCGGUCGCAGCGAUGCCAUCAACAGCGCAGUCAAGGAUGUCACGCUUGAUGAGCUGGUCAAGGCGAAACUGGAGGCUCAGUUGAACAAGGAUGAAGGCCCGACUGACCGGGAGAAGCUGCACCAAGAAGCGGGCGAGAUCAAGCAGAAGAUUGCCGAACUCAGACCUCAACUGGAAGCAGCGCGCACGAUUGACGACAGGCAGCUGGUCAACAAAUAUCAGCGGGAGUUCGACGAACUCAAGCGGCGCCAGGCGCACAUCGGAGCGCGCAUCGAUGCGGAUAAAGCUAGCGGCAACACAUUUGCCAGAGAGACCGAAAUCAAACGCCGACAGGUCCAGCAGGAGAUUCUGGACAAGGCUCAGGUGCUGUGCGCCACUCUCAGCGGUAGCGGUCACGAGAUGUUCAAGAACUUGAACGUGGAGUUUGAGACGGUCAUCAUCGAUGAGGCGGCGCAGUGUGUGGAGCUCAGUGCGCUCAUUCCCUUGAAGUACGGAUGCUCCAAGUGCAUUCUUGUCGGUGAUCCUAAGCAGUUACCACCUACCGUUCUCUCGCAGUCUGCUGCACGGUACGGCUACGACCAGAGUUUGUUCGUCCGCAUGCAGAAGAAUCACGAGAAGGACGUACACCUCCUCGACACCCAGUAUCGUAUGCAUCCUGAAAUCAGCUCCUUUCCCAGAGCCGCCUUUUACGAAGGUCUCUUACAAGACGGUGACGACAUGGCCAAGUCGCGCCUCCAGCCCUGGCACCGCAGUACCUUGCUUGGUCCGUACCGCUUCUUCGACGUCCGCGGUUCGCAGGAGCGGGGACCAAAGAAUCAGUCACUGGUCAACGAAGAAGAACUCAAGGUCGCGAUGCAACUUUAUCGCCGUUUCAAGGCCGAUUACGGCAAUGUCGACCUCAAGGGCAAGAUUGGCAUUAUUACUCCUUACAAGGCCCAGCUGUACCGGCUGCGGUCUCAGUUUGCCCAGCGCUUCGGCGAUGCCAUCACGGACGAAAUCGAGUUCAAUACCACUGAUGCCUUCCAAGGACGAGAGUGCGAGAUCAUCAUUUUCUCAUGCGUUCGUGCCAGCCCCACAGGUGGUAUUGGUUUCAUGACGGAUAUCCGUCGUAUGAACGUCGGUCUCACGCGUGCGCGGUCUUCACUGUGGAUUCUCGGUGACUCCCGCGCUCUCAUGCAGGGUGAGUUCUGGGCGAAGCUCAUUGAGGAUUCUAAGCGACGCGAUAGGUAUACCACGGGAAAUAUCAUGGGAAUGCUAGGCCAGACGGGGCCACAGCUGUCUGCUGCGGCGUUCGAGGCUCUGGCGAUUACUAGCUCUGAUAAUACCAGGGAAAGUACGCCAAGUGGUAUCAAGCGGGAGGUGGUCGAGGUGAAGGACGAGGAUAGCGAUGUGCAAAUGGGGGAUCGAUCGUCAUUCAGGGGGUCUUCUCCUCCGGCUGCUGCUGUCGGCGGCAGCAGUGCGAUAGGUUCGUCCAGACCUCCUUCCGGACGGAAUACUCCAAGUCAUACCGGGAACGGGUUCGGAAGUUCGCCUGCCCCGCAGCAGCCGCAGCCAACACAGUACAGGGAAGGCUUGCCGGUCAUUCAGGGGACGACUUUCACGCCGAGGGUAAAGAAGAGGCCGUAUGAGGGAGGCGGGGGUGAUCAACCUGGCAAGAAGCAACACAUCGACCCCAUCGCCAGCAGAGCCCCCAAGGGGCCCAGGGGCUACAACCCCAAUACCAACAACCUCCCACCAAGACCACCGCCGCAGGCGCCGAGUGACCCCUCAGCGAUGGAAGUCCUGGGGUUGGCACCCCCUACCAGAGCACCGGCUGCUCGGCAGCAGCAGCAGCAGCAGCCGCAGUUCGACUAUCAACCUCAGCAGCCUCCUCAAUACCAACCUCGUCCUCAACAAGGAGCUCCGCCUCCGUAUCCGGGCCAUCAGCAACAGCGACAACCACCUGCUGGUCCUUCUCGACCCGGUCCUCCAACUGGACCAAGCAGACUGGGUGGUAGUGGUACAGGUUACCAGCAGCAGCAGCAACAACAACAGAGACCGCCGCCGAUAGUGAAGAAGAAGGCGCCUGUUGAUCCGUUUAUUAAGCGGAAGAAGAGGUGAUUGAUCUACUCGGAUGAUGAUCAGCUCUGACUGCAGGACAUAUCUUUUGGAAGCCCACCUCAAGCUGGGUUGUUGCUUCCGUUAUCACGCUGCAUCUUAUGUGAGCAGGGUUUUCGUUCUCGGUCUCUCGGAUUGUCUGGUGGCAUUCCUUGCAUUCUAUAUCUUGCCGGCUUUACGGC